UAUAUCUAUGGCCAUUUCUGAUUGUCCGAUCUGCGCCGGUAUUGAUUAAUCGAGUGAUUCCGACAUAGGUAGGUGUUCGUAUCAUCGUUUUCGUACAUGUGAUGGCGUCGAGGGCUACGCCGGCGGGGAGGGAGGGGAAUGGGAAUGAGAGGCAUUUCCGGGGAGUCAGGCGGCGGCCCUGGGGGCGGUACGCGGCGGAGAUCAGAGAUCCGAGGAAGAAGACGCGUGUCUGGCUGGGGACAUUCGACACCGCCGAGGAGGCUGCUAGAGCCUACGACGACGCCGCCAGACAAUUCCGGGGAGCCAAGGCGAAAACGAAUUUCCCUCCUCUCGUCUUCGCCGGCAAGAGGACCGCCGAUUUCUUCAAUCCCAGCCCUAGCCAGAGUAGCACCGUCGAGUCAUCCAGCCAGGACGGCGGUCCGCCGCCGCCGCCGCCGGCGGUGCAGGAUUUGGCGGCGUUGCGCCUCACUCUCGGCCAACAUCCGAUGAGAUCCGCGUUUCAAAGCCACGGCCUCCGGGCUUCCGGCGCCGGCGGAGGUAUACCGGUGCCGGCGACGAUGCUUCAUCUCCGACCGGAAUCCCGGCAGGAAAUCGCCGACCUGAUCAACCAAAUGCGACGCGUGCCGGCGGAAUCCAACGGCGGCGAGUCGCAGAGUGAAUCCGACUCGUCGUCGGCCGUCGUGGACCUGCCGAAACCUCCUGCCGGCAAAGGCAUCGAUCUGGAUCUCAACCUACCUCCACCGCCGGAGAGUCUCGCGCUUUCGCUUUAAAUUGACUUCUAAAUUUAGAAUUAUUACAUUUAUACCUUUUUGUUGGGACGGUAAGAGAAAGUUGGAUGAUUUGAUUCGUUUUGUCCUUCGUUGAACGCUCGCCGUCGGCUAAUGUGAAUACUUGUAGCUUUAUCUCCCUCCUGUUUGCGACGGCCGACUGAAAAUAUUCGCCGGAAUUUCAGGCUGUUGUUAAUUAAUUAACUCCACCUUGUCGUGGUUCAUAUCA